CAAUGACAUUAUGGUACAGCCCAGAAAAGUUUUCAGCUAAUUAGGACCUUCCCCUGGCAGGCAGCUAAUGACCCUACUGGGGAAAAGUUGUGGAGACAGCAGGGUUAUUUGUAGGCAUUUCCACAGGGGCACAAGGAGGGACUGGACCUCUGGUCUGUAUUGAUAAGGACACAAACAAGGAAUUUGCAGGAAUCUACAAACAAAUUACUUCACCAAAGGCCGCCCAGCAUUACAGCUGUGAAGUUGGGAACAAGGAGUGACUGCCGACAUCUAAAUCACUUCAGCAGAAGCAAGUCUGGUUAAAACAGGAGACAUGGAGACAGCCUGGGUGAUGCUGGUGUGUCUGAUGUGGGGAGACUGGGCCGUCAUGUGCAGUGGGCAGUUGGAACCCCAGGAUGGACAGUGGCACUAUGUCAACGGGGAUUGGACAUGGAUCUCAACAAGCACUGCAGACAAACCUGCCAACAACGUUGCACAGUGGGCGGGCUUACGUGACAACGGUCGGUCAGGUUCAACCGGCGACAGCAGACGCGUGGAACAAGUGACCUUUGUGGAUGAACAGGGACAAAUCAAAGAUGGCGGGUACUUCAAGAAGAUUCCGCAGUCUGGUCCAUACCACGACAUAACGCACGACAAGAAAACGGAGAAGGACAGUGAGAAACACACAGAGCCGUCUCACAAACAGCAAGGGCACAUCCCAGAAAACUCCCAGUGUGUGACAGGCAUGUUGCCGGUACUGUUCAUGAAUGGGGCAUUACCCAGCAGGCAGUCAGACGACCUUCAGGGCACGCUGAACGACGCGGCCGCAGGGAACGGUAACGUACCCACAAUGCCUGUCUUCUCCUGUCAGAAAGGCGACCCAGGACCAUCUGGCCCCCCUGGCAACCCCGGAACACCCGGGCCAUCGGGUAUCCCGGGUAACCAUGGCAACAAUGGAAACAACGGGUUGCCGGGGGCAACUGGACCUCCAGGGGAGCCAGGACUGAAGGGUGACAGAGGCAUGAUGGGAGAGAAGGGGAAAACAGGGGCACCUGGGAUUCCCGGGGUCCUGGGGUCAAAGGGCAGCCGCGGAGAGAGAGGCCCGCCCGGACAACCGGGUUCCGUAGGGACCAUGACGACCAAGACGGCGUUUUCCGUGGGUCUGACCGUCGACAUGAACGUGCAACGGGACACGGACGUCGUCUUCGACAAGGUCUUCACCAACAUCGGCGGCGGGUACAACGUCACGACGGGGCGCUUCGCCGCGCCGGUCCACGGGGCGUACUACUUCAGCUUCCACGGGUACGAUUACUACGCCUCCUUCAACAUGUGGGUCAAGCUGCUGCACAACGGGCGCGAGGUGGUCUCCAUCAUCGACUACGACAUCGACGACACGCACGACACGGCCAGCAACAGCGUCAUCCUGGAGCUGGCGGCCGGCGACCAGGUCUGGCUGCAGCUGCACGCAGGACACGUCAUCGCUGGCUUCAAACACACCUGCACCUUCUCUGGGUACCUGCUAUUCCCUCUGUAAACACACCUGUCAACACACCUGU